AUGGCAAUCAGGCUUCGUUUGUUGCAGGAGCUGGAAGUUGCACAGUGGAUGACACAAAGGCAAGAGGUGUAUCUCAUGGUGAAAGUAGCUGAACACUUCCUCCAGAAACAGAAGCAGUCUCUUUCUAAGAUAGAAAUCACAGGUUGCACAGACGCCGGCAGGCCUGGCCCGGGCUCCCUGCGCCCACAUCUACGGAUUUCCAGGAGCUCCAAUUUGCUGACUUUGCGAGACGGUGGUGACGAGCCUUUUGGGGGGGGGUCUGGCGCCACCGGACUCAAAAGAGCGUUAUCCAUGACGCUGCCCAAAAUUGCCUUGGCAGUGCCACAGGCCAGGCGCGACCCUGCUCUCGUGCCAGGCCUCUGCCUGAGGUGCAGGCAGGCAGCCUGCGAGGGAAACAGCCCUGACUGUGAGCGGGAUGGAAGUGAUGGGCAAGAAAGCCAUGGGUGCGGGCGGGCCACCAAGGCGGUGGACGGGCCGCACGUCAAGGAAAUGAAUGGAGUUUUAAAGAACAUGCUUUCAGAAUGGUUUUCGACGGGAUUCCUAAAUUUGGAACGGGUUACUUGGCAAUCACCUUGUGAAGUACUCCAAAAAAUUAGUGAUUCUGAAGCUGUGCAUCCUGUUAGAAACUGGGUUGAUAUGAAGCGUCGAGUUGGGUCAUAUAGAAGGUGCUACUUUUUUUCUCACUGUGCAAUCCCAGGCGAACCAUUGAUAGUCUUGCAUGUGGCACUAACCAGUGAAAUCUCCAGCAGCAUUCAGGCCAUAGUGAAAGAAGUCCAUCCCAUAGAAACAGAAGAUCUGGACAAAAUUACGACAGCAAUUUUCUAUUCAAUCAGUUUGACUCAGCAGGGACUUCAAGGUGUGGAACUUGGGACUUACCUCAUCAAACGGGUUGUAAAGGAGCUGCAGAAAGAACUUCCUCAGAUAAAAGAUUUUUCUAGUCUUUCACCUAUCCCAGGAUUCACAAAAUGGCUUGUUGGUCUCCUCUCCUCACAAACAAAAGAACUGGAAAGAAAUGAACUGUUUACAGAAUCAGAAUGCCAAGAAAUCUCUGAGAUCACAGGAGGCCCUACCACUGAGACGCUGAAGAAGCUCUUAACUAACAAUGAAUGGGUGAGAUCAGAAAAAUUGGUCCAAGUGCUCCAUUUGCCAUUUAUGAGACUCUGUGCCUGGUAUUUGUAUGGAGAGAAACAUCGUGGCUAUGCUCUCAAUCCAGUAGCAAAUUUUCAUCUUCAGAAUGGCGCUGUGAUGUGGCGGAUAAACUGGAUGGCGGAUACAAGCCCCAGGGGCAUUGGUGCUUCUUGUGGCAUGAUGGUAAACUACCGGUAUUUCUUAGAGGAUACAGCCAGUAACAGUGCAGCAUACCUAGGGACAAAACAAAUCAAAGCAUCAGAGCAAGUUCUUUCUUUGGUAUCUCAGUUUCAGCAAAAUAGCAAGCUUUAAAUACUGUUAAAAAUUCAGAGCAAGUGUUCCUCACUGCACAGGUCUGUAAUAUUCUGCAGUGACUAUAUUCAAAUGAGAAUGCCUCUUAUUUAAAGAAAAAGAAAAUCCUUAUUCCGCACAGCAGGAUGCAAAAUGACAUAAACGAUCAGUCAUCUUGCUUACGUUGUCAUAUAUUCAAAGCCUGAUGUGCUGUGAUUUAGUUGCUACAAGUUCUAGACAUCUUUUAUGUACAAACGAAUUGGAACUAUGUGUUAAAGGGUAAGCAAAAUCCUCUCAAUUGAGUUACAGGCCAGUGGUAACUUGUAUGGACAGUUCUUCAGCCCUACCAUUAUUCUCUUGAUGAUAAACCUAUAAACCAUGUCUUCAGAAGGAGCUGCGCUUCUCAUAGUACUACUCUAGUAGAUCAGUACUAAAGCAAAUAGAAAGAAGUACUAAGUGAAGGUAAAAGUUUGGUCAAAUAUAUUAGCAAAGCAGUAAUUCGCAACUUUAUUUCAAUAUGUCUUUCUGUUUUUCUCCCUCAAGCACUCAUGUAAAACCUGGUGUUUUCCUUUUUCAAUCUCACUCAAAAUCUCACCAAAUCCUUGCUCUUCUGGACCAUGGGAAAGCCUUGUGUUAAUGUGGUUGAAUAUCAGGACCUCUCAGUGCAGCACAUAUGUAGUGUAAUAUUUGCAGUUAUGUCUGCUAAAAUAUAAUAUGCAAAAGGCAGUGCUCCAAGUAAGAGAGGUGAAUGAGACUGUUGCUGAGAAGUUUUCAGAUAUGUAUGUUAUACUUAAAUAUUUGACUCUGCUAAAUUUUUAAGUUGAUAAAGAGCACUUUUUUUAAUUAAAAAGUAGGUGUGGUCUGUAAACCAAUAAAAUAAAAUA